AUGAAUGGAUUCUUUUAUGAUGCGAUUAAGGGACUCAACAAAGAAAUGAAAAAAACAUAUCUGCAGGGCAGAUUAGACUGUUCAACCCGCGUCCUCACCGUCAUUGAGUUUGUAGGGAAAAUUGACACAUAUGAUGUGGCUAGUUCCCGUCAACAUGCUUCACAGGAGAGUAAACGUCAAAAACUGGAAUCAACAACACAAGCUAUAUUAAAAAGGCAUACAAGUGAUUCAAAUAGGGCGGACAUUAUUAGCAUGUUACCCGAUGAAAUCUUUUAUCACAUUCUCUCCGUUCUCCCAACUAAACAAGCUAUUGCCACAAGUGUUCUUUCACGGAGGUGGAGCCUCCUGUGUACCUCAGUUCACUAUGAAUAUGAAUAUGAUCACUAUGACUAUAAAGCUAUGAUAACUCGGACUAGACGCUCUAAACCUGAUUCAUUCUUAGACUUUGCAAACCACGUAAGCUCAACAAUCCUCGCCAGAAAUCUGCACCCAUCUAUGCACCCACCUAUAAGAAAAUUCCGUCUCAAAUAUCAGCCUUAUAAUAAUUUCCAAUCAAAUGCUGAAAAGAUCAAUGCAUGGGUAGAGGGCCUCACACAACAACAUAUUCAGAACCUUGACAUGGAAUUGUCUAGAGCAGUUAGUUUGAGUUGCCACACUUUAUGCUGCAAAACCCUAGUUGUUCUUAAGUUGACAAGAGUAUCCCUGCAUGCUUGUUCUUCUGUUGAGCUUCCCUCACUCAAAUCCCUACAUUUGGCUGAUGUUGAUUUUCAACAACCUCAACAUCUUAUGGAGCUUCUUUAUGGGCUUCCAAUUCUUGAGGAUUUGAAAGCACGUCAUAUAUAUACCAAGCUUGAUGUCUCUUCUUUUAAGGAAGAGUUUAAAAGCUUACCCAAAUUGGUUAGGGCAGAAUUAAAAUCCCUUAGGGGUUGGUUGGAUGUUCCUCUCCAGGCAAUAUCUAAUGUGGAGUCUUUGACCAUUAUAAAGUACGGAACGUUUGAGAUGAUUCCUGAGUUUCCUAAUUUAACACAUUUGGUCUUCACCUUUGUGGACAGCUGGGAUUUCCUGCUUGAGAUGCUCAAAAAUUGCCCCAAGCUUCAGGAUCUUGAACUUAUUUUCCGUGGGUAUCCCAAGGGUGGCCCUAUUAGUUACCCUCAUUUUGUUCCUCAAUGUCUUACUUCACACUUUACAAAGUGCUAUCUUAAGGAUUGUUGUGCGACAGAAAGUCUCUUGGUAUCUGCAUUUUGUUAUGCAACUUCUGAUUUUGAAGAAUCCAGUUCUGACACAUGA